AGCCGGUGAGGGUGGAAUGCGGCUGUCAGUGCUUGUGGCGUUCUUCAUCGGCUGCGCCUUGAUUCUCUCUCCGGUCAAUGAGGGCUGCGGGCCGGGAAGGGGACACGGCAAAAGGCGGCCGCCGAGGAAGCUUACGCCGCUCGCCUACAAGCAAUUCAGCCCCAACGUGGCCGAAAAAACCUUAGGAGCAAGUGGUAGAUACGAGGGGAAAAUAACUCGGAAUUCGGAGAGAUUUAAAGAGCUUACUCCAAACUUCAACCCUGACAUCAUAUUUAAAGAUGAAGAGAACACAGGUGCGGAUAGACUGAUGACACAGCGCUGCAAGGACAAGCUGAACUCUCUGGCCAUCUCAGUGAUGAACAUGUGGCCGGGGGUGAAGCUGCGUGUCACGGAGGGCUGGGACGAGGACGGCCACCACUCCGAGGAGUCCCUGCACUACGAGGGCCGAGCGGUCGACAUCACUACCUCCGACCGGGACCGCAACAAGUACGCCAUGCUGGCCCGCCUGGCUGUGGAGGCCGGCUUUGACUGGGUCUACUAUGAGUCCAAGGCCCACGUGCAUUGCAGUGUCAAGUCAGAACACUCAGUCGCAGCAAAGACUGGGGGCUGCUUCCCAGGCAGGGCGUUGGUUACCCUGGAGAGCGGGGGUACGAAGGCUAUCCAGGACCUUCGGCCGGGCGAGCGAAUCCUGACCUCCUCCGAGAGCGACGGCAGCGGGGAGCUGGUGUACAGCGAAGUCAUCGCUUUCAUCGACCGCGACCCCGCGACCCGGAAGCACUUCUACGCCAUAGGGACCGAGGGAGGGGCGGAACUGUCCCUCACGGCGGCCCACCUGCUGUUUGUGACUGAGGGGAACUGCUCUGGGGGGAUGGCAGCGGCGCGGGGGGAGAUGCGGACGAUAUUCGCCAGCGACGCACGGCCGGGGCAGUGCGUGCUGACGGCAGGCGGGGAGGGGACCCGGGGCCGCCUGGCGCGCGUAGCCUGGGUGCGGCUGCGGGAGGAGAGGGGCGCGUAUGCCCCCCUCACCCGUCACGGCACGCUGGUGGUCGACGGCGUCCUGGCCUCCUGCUAUGCGGCCGUGGAUCAGCACCGCCUGGCCCAUUGGGCCUUCGCCCCGCUCCGCCUGCUGUACCGCUGGACCGGGCCCAGCGGUAACCAGGGAGACGGGAUACACUGGUACUCACAGGUCCUGUACUGGAUAGGGACCUUGCUACUGGACUCUGAACACUUUCACCCCUUGGGCAUGGCGGAAUCCAAAAGAUGAG